AUGGUGGCGGCGCUGCUGGGGGCGGGGCUGGACCCGACGCGCAACAUUUUGUUCCGCCAGUCCGACGUGGCGGCGCACGCCGAGCUCGCGUGGCUGCUGAGCUGCAUCACGCCGCUCGGCUGGCUGCAGCGCAUGACGCAGUUCAAGCAGAAGUCGGCGUCCGCCAAGACCGAGAGCUCGCUGGGGCUGCUGGCCUACCCCGUGCUCAUGGCGGCCGACAUCCUGCUGUACCGCGCGACCCACGUGCCCGUGGGCGAGGACCAGCAGCAGCACUUGGAGCUCACGCGGAUGAUCGCCACGACCUUCAAUGACCGCUUCGGAUCCAACCGUCCUGACGGGAAGGAGGUGCUGCCGAAGCCGUUCCCGAUGGUGGAGGAAGACACCACGACGCUCACGGGCACGCAGAGGAAGUCUCUCUCGCGAAUCAUGAGUCUGCGUGACCCCACCAAGAAAAUGAGCAAGAGCGACAAGUCGGCGCUUAGUCGAAUCGAGCUCACGGACACGGCAGACGAGAUCCGCAAGAAGGUGCGCAAGGCCACGACGGAUGCUGUGAGCGGCAUCUACUACGACCGAGAAGAGCGGCCUGGCGUCUCGAACCUCCUGGACAUCGCCAGCGCCGUCACCGGUGAGAGCGUCGCACAGCUCGAGGCGCAGUACGCGGAGUUCCGCACUGGUGACUUCAAGGACAGCGUGGCUGACGCCGUUAUUGCCAAGAUUUGCCCCAUCGGAGAGCGUAUCAAGCAGUACGAGGCAGACCAAGCGUAUAUCGACAAGGUGCUGGCGGACGGCGCAGCGCAGGCCUCUGAACUCGCUGCUGUCACUUUGAAGGACGUGAAGGAGGUCAUGGGCCUCGCUAGGGCGUAG